AUGCUCUCUCGGCGGAUUGCAACUGCACGGCCACUGCGAGCGGCUCUGCCGGUUGCUCAACGAGCAAUCUUUGGUCAACAGCGAUUCGCUCAAACAGCUUCUUAUGAUUAUCCUGAAUUGAACGGCGGAUACAUCAGCCCUCCUCCUAUUAAGCGCCAAUUCCGCGAUCCGCAUGCCGACUGGUGGGACAAGCAAGAGCGUCGAAACUAUGGAGAACCAGUUCAUGAGGACGCUGAUAUUAUGGGAAUGUUCUCGCCGGAAGAGUACACAUGGGUAAAGCCAGGCAAGGGAGCGUUACAACUUGGCGCCUUUAUUCUGACUGUCUUUGGGUUUUCCGGAGUUGUCUCGCUUUACUAUCCAGACAAACCAUCUGCACCAAAGGAGUAUGAAGAUGGACUUGAGCGGGAACUGGGGGGUCCAAAUGCAUUACGGGCACAUAAGUCUGGGGAUGCUGUGUAG